AUGAACAGAUUUAGAAUAUUUCAAAAAUAUAAUUCGUGGUUAAACAAAUAUCCAUACCGUACUAAUGCACUUACUACUGGAGCAUUAUUUGGUAUUGGUGAUAUAAUUGCACAAGAAAUAUUCCCAAAGGAAAAAGAUUUAAAAAAAUUUGAUAUGAAUCGAACCAUUCGUGCGACAACUUAUGGUACGGUAAUAUUUUCAGUAAUUGGUGAUAAAUGGUAUAAGACAUUAAAUCGUAUAAGCUUACCACAAUUAAAUAAUACCAAUUCGAAGAAAAAAAUUAUUACAUUAUUACUUCGAGUUAGUAUUGAUCAAAUAUUAUUUGCACCAUUUGGUUUAAUAUUAUAUUAUGGAUCGAUGUCCGUAAUGAAUGGUGGAAAUCUACAAAAUGUGAGAUCGAAACUUAAUUCACAAUUUUGGCCGACAUUGUAUGCAAAUUGGUUAGUUUGGCCAAUGGUACAAUUAAUGAAUUUUUCAAUUGUGCCCGUUCAAUAUAGAUUACUAUGUGUUAAUAGUAUUGCAUUGUUAUGGAACACAUUUCUUUCAAUGCGAAACGCCCAAUAG